ACCCCCCACUCCGCCUUCUCCCGGGUUCCGGGGAACCCCACCCCCGCCCGCAUCCCCAGCACGGCCACGUCCAGCCCCGGACGGGACGGCGGCGCCCAAGCCUCGGCGUUGCCUCGGGCUUUAGGAGAGAUCCAUGAUGCCAAACUGUGACCGUUCCUGCGGCUGUAGCCGCGGCCCCAACGUGGAAGACGGCAAAUGGUAUGGGGUCCGCUCCUAUCUGCACCUUUUCUAUGAAGACUGUGCAGGUAUGGCCCUCAGCGAUGACCCUGAGGGGCCUCCUGCCCUGUGUCCCCGCCGACCCUGGCCCUCACUGUGCUGGAAGAUCAGCCUGUCUACGGGGACCCUUCUUCUGUUGCUGGGUGUGGCGGCCCUGACCACUGGCUACGCAGUGCCCCCCAAGCUGGAGGGCAUCGGAGAGGGGGAAUUCCUGGUGCUGGAUCAGCGGGCAGCCGAUUACAACCAGGCCCUGGGCACCUGCCGUUUGGCAGGCACGGUACUCUGCGUGGCGGCUGGGAUCCUGCUGGCCAUUUGCCUGGUUUGGGCUGUGGCCGGCUGGCUGAGCCAGGACACCAAGGCAGAACCCUUGGACGCCGAAGCUGAUGGCCACGUGGAGAUCUUCGGGGACGAGCCAGAGCAACAGCUGUCCCCCAUCUUCCGCGAUGCCAAUGGCCAGUCUUGGUUUUCACCACCUGCCAGCCCCUUUGGGCAAUCCUCUGUGCAGACCAUCCAGCCCAAGAGGGACUCUUGAGCUGCCCACAAGGCUAGAGGGGGAGCCAGACCUGGGGUCUGGACCAUUCCUCUGUCCCAUCACACCCUGCCCUCCAACUGUGUCCCUAACCUCUCCCUGAGAAGCAGGUCCCUUUCACCUAUGCCCCCAUAAGAUCCAGCUCCAGGUCAGAGAGGCUGG